UGGCCCGGUGGGGCAGACCGGCGCGCGCUAACAAAGAUCUCUUUGUCCUAACCUAUGGAGCUCUGGUUGCCCAACUGUGCAAGGAUUAUGAAAAAGAUGAAGAUGUGAAUGCAUAUUUAGAUAAAAUGGGAUACGGCAUUGGAACGCGGCUGGUGGAAGACUUUCUGGCUCGAUCUUGUGUGGGACGAUGCCACAGUUAUUCAGAAAUUACCGACAUAAUUGCCCAGGUGGCUUUCAAGAUGUACUUGGGGAUUACACCAAGUGUGACCUGUAACAAUUCCAGCAGAAAUGAAUUUUCCCUGAUUCUGGACAAGAACCCUCUGGUGGAGUUUGUGGAAGAGCUCCCUGCCGGGCGGUCGUCUCUGUGCUACUGCAACUUACUCUGCGGGAUUAUCAGAGGGGCCCUGGAAAUGGUUCAUUUAGCUGCUGAUGUCACAUUCUUGCAAGACAGACUCAAAGGCGACAGUGUGACAGAAAUAGGAAUUACAUUCCUGAAAAAGCUAGAUGAGAAAAAAUACAGACGGAAAAAAUGAAGAAUAGCACGCAAAAUGUCCCAGGCUGAUUAGUGGAGGAGCUAAUAUUAGCUAAGCACAGCCAGCCAUUGAGAUUUUGAAUUGCUUAAUAGCAUGGGCUUUAUGAGAAUAAUAAAUUAGCCCGAAAUUUGAAAUGUAGUACAUAAGGAUAUAGAAUUGUUGUUUUUUACUUUUUCUUUUAAACCACACAUUUUCAAUCUCCUGUCAAAGUUUCAUAUACAAAUAGCUCCUUAUAAGACAGAAAGCCUGAAUUGCACAUAUUACAUAGUCUAGUCUAUUCAUUUCAUUAUUUAUGGUAACAGGAAAAAAAAACAUCUAUAUAACUGGUAUAUUUAUCUCUUUUCAUUGGAAAAAAAAUGAAUGGAAUGAUAAAACAUAGAGUCCACUAUAUAUAGUUUCUAGAUACUGUACAUUGUAUUCUCUAUAGAAACAGUUCUAUUUGUAGCAAUCUUUCAUAUUUUUGAAAAACGAUGGAUGUGAAUUUUCUCAUAUAUUGGCUUGGUUUUUAGCUUAAGCCUCCUAAAACUACUCUUAAUUUGUAAUCAACAAAGCAAAUCUAUUUAUUUGGAUGCUAAUUCUGAAACACUUAAAAAUAGCCUCUAAAUUAAUAAAAGGGUAAUAUGCAAAUUGGUCAGGAUGCCCUUACAGUAGUGACUGGACAGCAGGCUG